GGCACUUCAGACUCUUCUCUCCUGUUAUCCAUGUACUAAGAAGAAGAGCGAAAGAUUUUGAUCCUUCAUCUUUCCAAGCUUCUUUCUUCAAAUCUCCAUUCUUACACUUCUCCUAACAACGCCGCCUCACAAAAAGCAGAGCAACAGAAGACCCCUCGGCUCCGACGACCAGAUGACGAAGCAGAAUGUGGUCAUGCAGGAGGAGCUAGCCGUCGCGGUGCCCACAUCAGCGGCGAUCGCUGAGCCGUCCCCUUGCUUUUCGUAUCCGCCGCCUCGUGCGGUUGGCUCCGGCACUAACUACACCCGGUACACGAAGCUGUCGUGCCGGCUCGACCUCGCGAGCUGCGGUGGCGGUGGCAGGGCGGCUAAUUCAUGGAUCGAAUCCAUGAAGGCCUUGUCUCCUACCCAGGCCAAGUCAGCGGCGCCGCGCGAAGUCCCCUCGCUUGCCUCCCGCGAAGAAGAAGACUAUGACAGUUGGAUGAUGCUGCACCCUUCGGCGUUGGACAACUUCGAGGAAGUCAUGACCGCAGCUAAAGGAAAGCAGAUCGUGAUGUUCUUAGACUAUGAUGGGACACUGUCGCCGAUUGUCGACGACCCCGACCGCGCCUUCAUGUCCGAUGAGAUGAGAGAGGCAGUAAGAGAGGUGGCCAGCCAUUUUCCAACAGCUAUCGUGAGUGGGAGGUGCACAGAGAAGGUCUCCAGCUUUGUAAAGCUGUCGGAACUGCACUAUGCUGGAAGCCAUGGCAUGGACAUAAAAGGUCCCAACAAUGGGCCUAAGCAUCCAAAAGCAAUGGCACAAAAUGUUCUAUUUCAGCCAGCCAGUGAGUUCCUUCCCAUGAUCCAUGAGGUCUACAAGUCUUUAGUAGAGACAACAAAGAGCAUCCCUGGCUCUAGAGUGGAGAACAACAAGUUCUGUCUAUCAGUUCACUUUCGGUGUGUUGAUGAAAAGAAAUGGUGUUUACUAGCUGAGAAAGUCCGGUCAGUGAUCAUGGAUUACCCUAAACUGCGACUAACCCAUGGAAGAAAGGUUUUGGAGAUCCGCCCAACUAUCAAAUGGGACAAGGGGAAGGCUCUCGAGUUUUUACUGGAAUCUCUUGGAUUUGAUGGCUGCCAUGAUGUAUUUCCAUUCUACAUAGGGGACGAUCGAACCGACGAAGAUGCUUUCAAGGUGUUGCGUGAUAGAGGACAAGGCCUUGGCAUUCUUGUCACCAAGAUUGCAAAGGAAACAAAUGCCUCUUUUUCUCUUCGAGAACCAGCUGAGGUUCUGAAGUUUUUGCGUCGCCUGGAGGAGUGGAAGCAAUCCUCCCAGGAUGGUGAAGCUCAAUGAACAAGCAGUUAUCAUGGAUGAAUCUUUUACUCUCCAUGAUCAAGGACAAAAAUAUUAUCUCAAGGCAGAGCAGUUUUUCUCUUUUUUGUUUUCCUUCCCUAUCAUUUCUAGUGUUGUCUCCUCUUCUGGGAGAAGGCUUGAAAUCAUUAUUCACUGGAUUUCUUGCCACAUCUUGUAACUAUUGUUGCUGAAGGGGAAUCCUGCAGCCAUCUUUGAGAUGAAAGCACAGGAUUACUCCCACUGUGUUCAUGCUCUGAGCAGCAUUAUCAUUCUACAUAGGAAAUCAACUGCUAUAAAUGUGGGCUGAAUCAAUGUGGAGUCACUGUUAACAACAGGAUAUAUCAAAAGUGCUUUCAAGAA